AUGGAUCAUGAGGGGGGCCCAGGACCAGCGCUGCUGCUACACCUCCUGUGGCUGCUGCCCCACGCCCAGACCGCCCCUCAAGCCGCAGGGUGGCCAGACCUACAGAACCACACGUUCCAGCACACAAUGUACUGUCAGGACUGGAGUCCCAACGUCGGACUCUCUGAGGCUUACGAUGAGGACCUGCUUUUCUCCUUCGACUUUUCCCAGAACACUCGAGUUCCUCGCCUGCCUGAAUUUGCUGACUGGGCCCAGAAGCCUGGAGAUUCUUCCAACAUUUUCUUUGAUAAAGCCUUCUGCCAAGCCAUGGUCCGGGAAAUAGGCCCAAAAUUAGAAGGGCAAAUCCCAGUGUCUAGAGGGCUUCCUGUUGCCGAGGUGUUCACGCUGAAGCCCCUGGAGUUCGGCAAGCCCAACACACUGGUCUGCUUUGUCAGUAACCUCUUCCCACCCACCCUGACGGUGACCUGGCAGCAUCAUGCAGCCCCUGUGGAAGGCGCGGGGCCUACUUUUGUCUCAGCCAUCAAUGGACUCAGCUUCCAGGCCUUUUCUUACUUAAACUUCACACCCUCAUCCUCGGACCUCUUCUCCUGCCUCGUGACUCAUGAGAUCGACGGCUACACAGCAAUUGCCUACUGGGUGCCCCACAACCCGCUGCCCUCAGAUCUUCUGGAGAAUGUGCUGUGCGGCCUGGCCUUCGGCCUGGGUGUGCUGGGCAUCGUCGUUGGCUUGGUGCUCAUAGUCUGCUUCCGGAGGCCUUGUUCAGAUUGAUUCUUCCUGGUCAGAGCCUGAGGCCAACACCUUCGGGCCUCGCUAGCAGGGGCUGCCCAGCAUCGCUGCUUCCCUGAGCAGAAGGCCUGGGGCUCCCCUGGGCUGUGUGCAUGCAUGUGCAUGCGUGUGUGUAGAUGUGUGCGCAUGCGCGCGUGUGUGUG